AUGGCCACCCUCCAGCGCCGGCGCCGACAGGGCUCACGAGAGCCAGCUGCUGCCGCUGAAGCGCAGGAGCCUCGACGUGCACCUCGGGAAGGUCGAAGAAGGCCACCGCCUGAAGAGACAGCAGAUCAAAAGUUGGACCGGUUGCUCAAGGAGCAACGAGCAGCUCGGGCCUCGUCACUACCUGCAGAAGAUGAUCUUGCUGUCCGGCGCCUGGCUAUGCACCCUACGGCUGAGGGAAAUGAAUCUCAAGGAAGAAGAAGAGAGGGAAGUUUGGCACCUCAACCUGGACAUCAUGGAGGGCAUCACGAUGCAUCAGCUGGCCAGCUGGCCGGGGCUGGAGGCCUCAUGAGCACCUUGCAUGAUCCUCGGGCUAACGCCUUGGGUCUGGGCGGAUUGCAAGAAGCAGCACGCCAGUCGUUCGAGUUGUUGCAACAGGCAUUAGGCCACCAUAUCCCCUUCUUCGAGGUUCUGAACUACCUCAAGGACCGGGUUCGGGACUACCUCAUCCACCAGGAGGCGGACUCUUUGGUGGGCAAGGUUCUUUGGCUGGAACUCCACAUCAACCUGGAGCUCCACAUGGUGGUGGUGAUGCAUCGUCGUAUGCCUCCGUUGCCAGUGGUGGAGUUGAUGGUCGUGGAACUACAACACAUCCUGGACUACCACAUGGUGAUCCCUCAGGUGCAGGUGGACCUCCCGGGGGGAUUGAAGGAUUCGGGAGGUGGUUCACCAGCGAAGUCAACGCUGGACGAGAAGCCCAAGAAUGACAUCGCCACAGACCUCAUCCAGGAAGCUGCAACGCUGCUCAAGACGCUUCGGUCCGUGAAGACGAUGCUCCUGGCCCUCGUCGACUACGUGGCCGAGGAGAAGAGCGUUGGUGCCUCCCUGAUUUGGACGAUGAUGAGCAGCGCUUGGCCCACGGCGACACUGAAGCAUCUUGGUCUUUGGCUACGUGCUCAAGAAUGCCGUCGUGCUCCCACGGAUGUUGGAAUGCUGCUGGAAUCUCCACGUGACCCAGCUGAAUACUUGAGCGAUGAAGAAGGAGCUCGAAGCGGUGAAGGUUGUGAUGAUAGUCCACUACCCACCAAGCUGGCAGAUCGCAUUCGCACUUCAAAGUCUUGGGCCGCUUGGGCGCCGGGACUUGUGGCUGCUAUCAAGGAAUCGCUGCGGAGGUUGCUUGGCAUUUUGGAGGAGGAAAGUCGAAAUGGUGACACUCACAACAUGUCCAAAAUGGACCUUGCAGCCUGGCACCGGCACAUCAAACAGGGGCACAUUCCCUUUCGUGCUGACUGCCGAAUCUGCGGUGAAGCGAUGGGCUGUGAUAAACCGCACAAAAGACUUGGGGGGAGUGCAACGAAGUUCACUAUGUCAGCGGACCUAUGUGGACCCUUCCCUGCUGGUCGUGACCUUGGCGCUGGAGUGACCUGUAAGUAUGCACUGAUCUCCACUGUUGCUGUGCCCAUCGUUUCAGAGCUUCCAGGCGAGGUUGCCGAGCCCUAUGACACUGCAGACGACGUCAAGUACACCGAGGACCUGCCCUGUGAUCGCGAGGAGCGUGAAAUGCUCCCUGAUGAUGAAGUUCAGAGGCUCAAUGAGUUGGCCCAGAUUGAAGAGGCCCAAGAAGCUCCUGGACACCAAAACAUCACGUUCGCUGAGGUGAUCCCAGAUAGAACUGUGGAGUCUUUGGUCCGUGCCCUUUCACGACUACAUGCAAAGUAUCGCAUGCUGGGCAUCCAAGUGUACCGCCUCCACACAGAUCGAGAACGAUCGUUUGCCUCAGUCCCAAUUCAAAAAUGGUGUGAACAACGUCAACUUCGAUUGACUUUGACUGCAGGCGAUGACUCAAAGGCCAACGGCCGCAUCGAGGGAGAAGUGAACCAGAUCAAACGUCGGACUCGACUCCUUCUACAUGAUUCUGGACUACCUCAAUCCCUCUGGCCGACAGCCCUACGACAUGCUGCAGAAGGCCGUGUCCGCCUACAACUUGAAAGAUUGGGCCUGCCGAGCCCACCAAUGCUUCGCUAUGGAGCUUCAGUUUUGGUCAAGUCCAAACGAUGGCGUCGUGCUGGACAACUCUCAAUGCCCUACCGCACCAUGCAGCUCUUGGGACCAUGCCCAUACAUGUCACAUGGCUGGAUUGCCCGCGACAAGAAGGGGCAGCUGCUUCAUGUGCGGACGGCUUUGGAACCUUCGCCGGUGGCUGACCAGGCGAUCAUGGAUUUGCAGGAGGAGGAUCCUUUGCCCUUUUUGGACGACGUUGGCGGCUCCUUGGCACUUCAAUUUGAGGAUGAAAGGGAGUCGGAGGAGGUUGUUGGAGGUCCCAUGCUCGAUAGUCAUGAUCAAAGUGAUCAAUGUCAACACCCUGACCUUCCGGGGGAGCUGGAAGAUCCCAUGUUCUGCUCAAGACAACAGGCAGAGCAGUGGCAUGAACUUGAACAAGAACGUCACUGGGCUUUGAAGCAGCUCUGGUGCCAAGGCCUUCAAGAAGUUGCAGUUGGCGAAGACGCUGGGAGCGUUCAUGGCAGCUGGCUUCGUGAAGUUGAAAUGCUGCUCCGAGGUGCUGAAGAUCAAUUGUCGUUUCAGCAUUCCUCCUUGCAGAACUACAAGAUGGCUUCUCUGGCUCCAAUGGCUGGUUCAACUGAGGUUCCGGUUACUGUGCUCCAGACCUACACAGUCUCAUUGCAGCAGGUCCGCAAGGAACUGGAGAAAUGGAAGCCUCCCUUGCGUGAUGAAUAUGACCAGCUGAUCUCGUCGACCCAGGCAAUCAAACCAACUUCGGAGGAAAAGUUGCGCCUGGAUCCAAGGUUUCCAACUAUGGAACUCGCUCCAGCUAUGCUUGUUCCCACGGUCAAGAGUCCUCAUGGACGCCUCAGAGCACGGGUGGUCAUCUGCGGAAACCAUCUCACCAAGGUCAACGAAGACCAUGACAACUCCGCAGGUGAAGUGAAGUCGAAGGACCAAGUGCUCAUUGAAGCUGGGAUUUGCCCGCCAACUGAACUCUGGGAGAUCUCUCACGCCGUGUACGGGCUGAACGAUGCUCCUGCCAACUGGUCGCAUUAUCGUGGCCGUGAACUACCUCAGCUGCGCUUCGAGGCUGAAGGUCAAGAAUACCAACUGGUCACUACGCCAGAGCCCAACCUUUGGAAGCUGAUCAAAACAUGCCCCAACGGCAUCCCCGAGGAGGACAUCUCAGAAGGCUUCCUGGCAGUGUACGUUGACGACAUGCUGGUUGCUGCUCCAAGUCCCCUCGCUCAUGCAGUGAUUGAUGGAAUCCGGGCUCAUUGGCGCUGCUCAGAACCAGAAUGGGCAUCUUCGGAGAAGUCCCUCAAGUUUUGCGGCUUUGAGAUCAAGUGCCGCCCAGGAGAGGUCAUUUUGAACCAGGCCUCUUACACCCGUGAUCUCCUUGCACGCCACGAAGGCAUCAAGUCGAGACAAACUCCUUUGCCCCUUGGCGUACAAGAUGAACUGGAGGAAAACAUCUCCAUUGAACAGGUCCGCAAAGCCCAGCUCUCGUUGGUGAAUUGCUCUGGCUCAGCGGGCGAACCAGACCUGACCUCAGCUAUGGAGUUUCCAUCAUGGGCCGCUUGGUGA